AUGAUGAAAGGGUUUAAGAACAGGUUGACUCGAAAUAAGAGCCAGUCUUCUAAUAAAAAGUCGGAGAAAAAGGAAAAAGAUAGGGAUAGAAGCGAUAAACGUUCCACGUCUCCCGGAUUUACGUCAUCUUCAUCAUCGGCAUCGUCACCUUCGUCUUCAGUAGGAGGAGGAACGCCUAGUUCCAUAACACUGCAAAGUUCCAAGAACUUAACCACUAAUACCUCAGCUUCGUUAAAGUCGAACUCCCCCAGCCCAUCGCGCAGCCAUGGCUCUAAUAGUGCAGUAUUCACGAAAUUGGGCGGCGGCGGCAGCAGCGGCGGUGGUGGUGGUAAUACAACCAUGGCUUCUUCCUCGUCGUCCUCGUCAACACCUCCACAUGGACUGCCAACACAUGAAUCCCCAAAAAUCGUUGUUAAUGACGAAAAUUCAGGAAACAUUUUUGGUUCCCCUUCCCAACAAUCCUCCAACAGCUCGGGUGUUUUGCCUAGUCAAGUAUCAUUGACAUCAGGUCCCGUUUUUGCAGCUAAUACUUCAGGCUUGAACUCAAAUUUAGUGCCGGCUGUUAUGCCAUCCAUUGUUACCCCACCGGCGUCUCAAAACUGCAGCAAUGGUUUAUCCUUUGUGACCCCUCAGACUCAGCCAAUAACACCAACCCCUACAUCUCCAAUGACAUCCGCCAUUUCUUCGUCCUCGGUCUCAGCUUCAGGCUCAGCUUCAGGCUCGGGCUCAGGCUCAGGCUCAGGAUCCUCGUCAUCAUCCACCCCCAAUACUCAUUUUGAAAACAAAGCACACCAUAGUCAAUAUGGCGCAGUGCAAUCACACUUCAAUCAAUUAAAUCCAAACAUCAAUACACCAGGGAAAGAAGUGUUUGACAUUGAUAUGAUUGUUGCUCCAAAAAGACAUUCUUCAUCAAGGUUUGAGCCAACCAACUCUGAUAAAUACCAAGAGAUUCAUAAGUUACCCAACUUUGACGAAGUCUUGCCCGAGGAUCAAAUCCAAUUGUUUAUACAAAAGAUUGACCAGUGCAAUUUGAUGUUUGAUUUUAGUGAUCCAACGUUUGAUGUUCGAGGAAAGGAAAUAAAGAGGAUGACUUUGCAAGAGUUGAUUGCUUUUAUAUCAAAUAACCGCUUUUCGUAUACGGAUGAGAUGUACAAGCAUGUUGUAAGUAUGUUCAAGAAAAAUUUGUUUCGUCCCAUUCCUCCACCCGUUAAUCCAAUAGGCGAUGUUUAUGAUCCGGAUGAAGAUGAACCGGUAAGUGAACUAGCAUGGCCCCACAUGCAAGCCAUUUAUGAAUUUUUCCUUAGGUUUAUUGAACUGCCAGAUUUCCAGCACCAAAUUGCGAAACAGUACAUUGAUCACGAUUUCAUUUUGAGAAUACUAGAACUUUUUGAUAGCGAGGAUCCUAGAGAAAGGGACUGCUUAAAGACAACCUUGCACAGAAUAUACGGUAAGUUUUUGAGUUUGAGAAGCUUUAUCAGGAAAUCGAUAAAUAACGUAUUCUUGCAGUUUAUUUACGAAACCGAAAGAUUUAAUGGAGUUGGCGAGUUAUUGGAGAUUUUGGGAUCAAUCAUCAAUGGAUUUGCACUUCCAUUGAAGGAGGAGCACAAAAUUUUCUUGGUGAGAAUCUUGAUACCCUUACAUAAAGUGAAAUGUUUGUCGUUGUAUCAUCCCCAAUUGGCAUAUUGUAUUGUGCAAUUUUUAGAGAAGGAUCCUUCUUUAACGGAGGAGGUAAUUAUGGGAUUGCUAAGGUAUUGGCCAAAGAUCAACAGUCCCAAAGAAGUGAUGUUUUUAAACGAAAUUGAAGAUAUAUUUGAAGUUAUGGAACCCAGCGAAUUUGUCAAGAUCCAAAUACCGUUGUUUGCCCAGCUAUCUAAAUGCAUAAGCUCGCCCCAUUUUCAAGUUAGUGAGAAAGUAUUAUGUUACUGGUCAAACGAGUACUUUUUAACAUUGAUCACUGAAAAUGCCGAAGUUGUAUUACCAAUUAUAUUUGCUUCAUUAUAUGAACUAACGAAUGCCACGCAGCCGGGAGUGGAAAAUGGAAUAAUGCAACGCAAGUUGAGCAAUUUCCCUGAUGCAACAGUGGAUGCCAAUGGCAAUUUGAUAGAUAGUGGGCUUGUGUUGCAGGAUGCACAACGAGGAAUAAUAUCUGGUGCAAAUGAUCCCUCACAUCCACACAAUAAAAUCUUUGAGGUCCAUGCUUCAGUCAAUAUAAGUAGUAAUAAUAAUGCUAAUGACAAUAACGCUUUAGAAAACACAAAUAAUCACGAAGGUACUGAUGAAUCACUGGGUUCAGAAAAUCACCAUCAUCAUUUCCAACAUUCACACACUGAUAUCAAUGGUAAUGGGUUAACAGACGAAGAGUACUACGACCUGUUUAGUUCAAUGCAUAAUUCCGGGAUGAAUGCUGGUAAUAAUAAUAAGAACAAUAGUAGUGAGUUGGUGGAUGAAUUUGGACAAGCAUUUGAUGAAGAAUCAAGCGUGUUACAACAUAAUUCAGCGACAUCCAAUUGGAAUAGAAGCAUACAUUCAUUGGUUUAUGGUGCACUUAAAGUGUUUAUGGACCACAACCCCAUUUUAUAUGACCAUUGCACAAUCCUUUAUCAUCAGUCAUUAAGCGAACAAAGAGAGCGUGAAGUUGCAAGAAAGGAAGGGUGGAAAAGGAUUGAAAAUUACGUUAACCAAAUCAAAUCCAACCAACAACAACAACAACAACAACAGGCUGCUGGUGACAUUUUUUAG